AUGGGCAAAACGUCAGCAGACGCCUCGUCCAAGAAGAACGUUGAGAUCGGAGCUAACCCCUCCAUCAAGACGCUCUAUGAAGGACCGGGCAGCCGCGAGGAUGCCUACAACUGGGUCGACUACCCGCCCAAGACGGUCACCAAGAGCUUGGCCCGGGCGCAUGACCGCGUAGCCAUCAAGGUGUACAAGGUCAAGGACCCGGACAAGCCCGUCCUAUCUGGUCGCUUCAGCCUGCGGUACUACAUGCUGGAAAUCCAGAACCCGUUGCUCGUGGCAUGCUUGGCUGAAGUCCUCAAGAAGCAGGAAAUGCACAUUGAGCCGAGUGAGCCCGUCACCUUCAAAGACCCAUUUGUUAAGCUGUACUUUGCGUAUGACGACUUGGCUGCCAAACACCGCGAGCUGCUUCAGAACGAACCCAACAACUCUCUCGAGCCGUUCUUGCAUUUACUGCUUCGUCUGCUGGACGAUGUCUUUGCUGACACUCGCGCCAAACUCAAAGCGUUGCGCGCCGACCGUCUCGUAUCCUUCCGUCUCGCCUGGGCCUACUUCCCGCGCGGCACGACGGUCAUCACGUGGGGCAACAACUGCGAGCUUUUGUGUAAAGUGAAGGAAACGCGGUACACGCGCAUGGGCAAUUGUGCCGUAUUUCUUAUCGAAGGCGAGGUGCUGCAGUUUGAGGGGCGGGGCUUCCACUGGGAGCCACAUACCAUCAUAAUUGAGUCGUUCAAAGGCAAUUUGCCGAUUACGGAGCUGGAUGCGUAUCCGCUGGAGUUUCAUGAGGCUGUGGAGGAUGUGAGGGCGAGGUUGACGGCUAGAGGGAGAAAGUCGCUGGAGUAUUUGGGUUUGACGCAUGCUUUCUAUCAGGGGCUGGCGCUGCAUGUUCGGGGAAAUGUCACUGAGAGGCAUAUUGUGGAUGGGAGAGUAUUGAUUGAUGUUAUGGGGUACAAGAAACAUCAUCUGGCUCAGGGAUCGCGCGAGGGUAGCCAUCCUGUCACGAAGAAGAAGCGCCUCAUCGUCUAUGACGAGGAAGACGCAGAGAACAUUAACGACGAGGAAGAAGAACAGCAGCAGCAGCAACCGGACUCGACCGUCUACGACGCACCGGAGAACAAUAGAUGGAUGAACAACGCAAACACACAGGAGACCGAAACGCAAAAGCCCCCAACGUCAGCGGCCAUCAAACGGCUCAAUCCGGCGGCCCAGCAGCGCAUCAAGGAGCGUAUGCUGGAACUGGAGGUCAAGGAGCCACAUCUGAUGUACAUCUCGCCGCUGAUUCAGGGCUACGCACUCAAGAACAAGCUGUGGAUGCAGUUCUAUAUCGAGGACAUCAAGCCAAUGGUGUGGAAUGACGAGGCGUACGAUCAUCUAGUGUACGAUGAGCAGCAGAAAGAUCUGGUGUUGAGUUUCGUCGAAAGCCAUCGCAGCAUGGAGAGCAGUCUGCAACAGCAGGCCAAGGCGAUGGAUGAUGUAAUUGCUGGAAAGGGACAAGGUCUGGUCAUCCUGCUGAGCGGUCCUCCGGGCACAGGUAAGACACUCAUGGCCGAAGCUGUCGCUGACCGCACCCGUCGGCCACUGUUCUACCUGCAGGCCGAGGAUCUGGGCGUUUCGCCCGAUGUGCUCGCAUCCAACCUCAAGAACGUCUUCCAGAUGGCAACAGACUGGGACGCUGUGAUCCUGUUGGACGAGGCCGACGUUUUCAUGGCGGAGCGGCACCCGCAGGAUAUCCAGCGCAACGAGCUGGUCUCGAUCUUCUUGAGGGAGAUUGAGUACUUCCGGGGCAUCAUCUUCCUGACGACAAACCUCUACAGCACGAUCGACUCGGCCUUCCGUAGCCGUGUCAGCUUGCAUUUGCUGUUCAACUCGCUGACACCCGAGGCGCGCGCUUUGAUCUGGCGCAAGUUCUUGGAUCGGCUGCCGCCGUCAAAGGGGAAGAAGCCAGCAGUUGAGCCUGAGGAGGAGGCUAUUGCUGGAAAGGGUCAUGCCGAAGAUGACAAGCUGACAGAUGAGGAUAUUCGGGAGCUUGCACUUUGGCAGCUCAAUGGCCGCGAGAUCAAGACAGCCGUCAAGAUGACCAAGACGUGGUGCGACUACAAGGGUUAUCCAAUGACGCUGACAAGGUUGGAGAAUGGCAUCAGGGUGACCAGCCCGCAUGCGUCCAAGUCUAGUCGCGAGGGCGGCGAUACAUCGCUUUAUGAGGAGUAG